GUAGUCGUUGCUAGUAGAUUAAAUGAUAUGCAAUUAAAUGAAUAAGCAUGAGAAAAUUUUGCGAGAUAUUUAUAGAAGAUGUUUACAGUCAAUAUACUGACGUAGCAACUAUCCGGUUUCCCAGCAAGCCGGCCAAGUAGAAGGGAGGAUAAAGAUGCUCGGUAAGACGCGCAAGCGGAUCAGUGAUGCGCGAUUGCCCAUCGCGAAUCAUCCAAGCAAGUAUUCCAGUUGAAUCUCUCUACCUGUUUUACUGCCAAACAAACUGGUUGUCCUUCAACAGUCGUAUAUGUAUUAAGAGGCAGCAAAAGGACACAAGGAACGAAGGAAGAUAAGAAGACGAAAAACUUAAGGAGCUAAUAUAAGUAGGAAGAAUUUGUGAAAGACAAGGAAGUUAAUUAAGUAUCAGUUCUGGAACGACAACCGAAAUAUAGGAAUGGCGAAGCAUUCGCUGUUAGCAAAGUCGCUCCUCUUCGUGAUAUUAUUUGUGUGUAUACGUGAACAUCACGCUUAUGUUCCACCAUCGGCCACAGUGGAACCACUUCAUCCCGUGGGAUUGCGCAUUUCAAUUCCUGACGAGCAAGGAAUCACAUUGGUGGCCUUCCAUGUACAAUUCAAUAAGGACUUUGAUGGACUUGAAGCAGGACAAAUUGCAAAAGAUAUCCUUAAGGUUCGGAAUGGACGAUGGACCUACCAGGACCGACGCACUCAGUUAAGGAAAGAUGAUAUUAUUUAUUAUUGGAUCCAUGUUGUGUAUCAAGGUCUCGGUUACAACCUGAUAGACCAAUCGCAUCGAGUUACUGAUUUUUAUAAUUACGAUGGUUCUCAGCACAUCAUGGACACAGUUCAAAGUGAAAAUUGUACGACGAAGUCAGCGACAUGGAUUUUUGACAAUGGUAAUCGACGACAACCUUGUCCACAUCAACUUCUCUUUGAAGACUCCUUCGAUAAACUUGAUGAUGCAAAGUGGAAAUUACUACAAAGUUUUACAGGCGCACCGGAUUAUGAAUUUGUUGUAUACAUGACCAAUGAUGUAACAGAUGCAAGCGAUGGUCUGCUACGCAUCAAACCAAUUUUGACUAAUACCAAAUUUGGCACGAAUUUUGUGACGCGUGGAACAAUAAUUUUGGAAGGGUGUACGGGCGAAGUUGGUACAAGCGAGUGUCAACGUCAAGCGGCUGGCUCAUACAUCCUGCCACCCGUGAUUUCGGGGUAUCUUGACACAAAAGGAAAAUUCGAAUUUCUUUUCGGGCGCAUCGAAGUAAGGGCUAAGUUACCACGUGGCGAUUGGGUGUAUCCUGUCAUAACUUUAACGAGCGCCGAGAACACGUGGGAAUUCGGACUGCAUCGUGAGAUCAGGAUUGCGUCGUCGCCUGGGAAUGAGGAACUCAGGUCCCCCGAGGGUGCCGACAUUAACGGUCGUACAUUGUCCGCGGGCGCAUUGGUUGCUUCCGUAAACGAGAGUGACGUGAGCAGCAGUAAUCGCUUGCAGCUCCCGAAAAGAUCGUCGAGGGAGCUUUGGUCUGAUAACUUUCAUGUUUUCGAGAUUGAAUGGAAGAGUGGCCUCAUCGUGAUGAAGGUUGAUGGUGUGCAGUACGGUGAGCAGAACGUGGACAAUUCGUUUGGCAAACCGUCGUACUUAACCCUGGCGGUAGCUGUGGGAGGCAUCCACGAAUUCCCGGAUCUCGUUACGAGCAGCGGCUACGUCAAACCAUGGCGAAACGUUGAGGCGAAGGCAAUGUACAAGUUCUAUCGUGCAAAGGAUUCCUGGUAUCCGACAUGGGACACGAGAACGGCACUUCAAGUGGAUUAUGUAAAAGUGUGGGCGCUAUAAAUAUUCCUGUUCAUCCAGAGCAGCACGUGCAUUUAUUACGUAUAUUUUGUUUAAUCUCGCAUACAUUUUAUACACGUCUUUCUUCAUGAAGGUAUAGCGUGCGUUUAUCUAACGCUUUAUCGAUCUCGUACUUUUUAUAUAAAUAUAAAAUUAAAUAAUAACGCAGAUAAA